GUAUGAAGGGUUGCUAAUAACUUUGUUAGAUAAGUACUGAUAUGAAAACGAAGAUAUGUUGCAGAAGAGGUUAAACAUUUUAUUUAAUGGUCAUGAGGUGCCUCCAGUUCCCCGAGCCGCCAGAUCACCCAGGGUUACCUUGUAGAAAGAAAAUUGGUGACUAUCAAAUGUGUGCGUUCGACUUGUUGGCAACAGUUGCUGGCAAAUUGCUAGAGGGAGAAAGUACUCCUAGCGCGACUGAGUUAUUAACUGGAGAAGAUGAAAGUGCGCUUGUAAAAUUUUUUCUCAAGACGGAAAAAGUGGCUGAAGAGAACCCUGAGCAAGUAAACCUGUCUCAUAAAGAAGGCCGUGGCAGAAUAUUGUUUGUUUCUGAUACUAAUCCACAAGCACCUGAGGAAACGCAUGAUAUUAAGGAAGUGUCAAAUGUGCAGAAUGAUGCUUCUUCAGCAUUUGCAUCUGCCGUAACUACUUGUGAUGGCCCAGAGAUGCUUGGCUCUGCUUCAAAGUUGGUCAAUGAUGAAGGCAGGAUUGAAUAUGGGAACCUUUCUAAAGUAAAGGUUGGUCAAUAUCAUAGUGCAACCUCUCUUUAUAGUUUAGAUGUUGAAAGUAAGAACUGUAUGAAAAUAGAACCACAAAUGAUUGGGAAAGAUCCCAGUAGUGCUGGGGAUGUUACAUGUUAUAAGAUUUGAUUGUCCAGAAUUUGAAACCUCCUGUACAAGAUAAAUCUGACAAUAUUGACAAGCCGGCAGUCAAGCCUUCUGUUCUGCAUAGAAGUUCACAGAAAGCUCUGUUCAAGGAUCAAACUUCAUGUGGUUUCUUCCCUGGGUGUAGAAAUAAUGUAAAUUUAGUAGUUAGAGAACUCUUCUUGGUGCACUCCACCUAGAAAACUAAACAAGUCUUCUGGCCUCCAGCUCGAAAUGGUGACAGAAGAAUAAAAAGGUUACUAGCUUCCAGA